UCCAGCUGCGCACCAGAAGGAGCAAACAGAGAGAGGCAGGCAGCUGCAGAGGAGUGGGGGGAGAAGAGAGAGAGAGAGAGAAGGGCAGGGCAGUGGCAGAGGAAGGGAAAGAAAGCUCCAAUCUCGCCUCUGCUCCUGCCUCCAGGAAUCUUGAUGCUUGCACAUAAAUUAUCCAAUGCAGGUUCUUGCUCUGGCUCUGGAAGCUGGAUUUUUUUUUGUUUGGCUCCGAGAUUUGGUCCUCUGCUCCGCUUGUUCCUGCUCAGAUCUGUGGCGCGGCGUUUUCUCCUUCCUGCAGCUACAAACGCGCGGUUUUCGUGUAACGAACUAAUCUGCUGGAGGUUUCUCCCGUAGAGGCGAUUCGAGAAUCAAGAUUGGGCAUUUGGCACGCGUGCUCCGAGCUAUUCCAAGAACACGAGUUCGGUGGAGAAGAUGUCAGUGAGCCAUGCGGAGGACAUCGAGAUAUCGCUGUGCGACGGCAACUCCGAGGACGAGCGGCGGCGGCGGAAGAUCGGGUCUUUGCGCCGGAAGGCCAUCCACGCGAUCAAGAAGCGCGGCCGGCGCCGCGUCGACUGCCGCUUCCCGCCCGCCAUCUCCAUCGAGGACGUCCGCGACGCCGAGGAGGAGCGCGCCGUCGCCGCCUUCCACGACCGCCUCGCCGCGCAUGGCCUCCUCUCCGACAAGCACGACGACUACCACAUGAUGCUAAGGUUCUUGAAGGCCAGGAAGUUUGAUAUGGACAAGGCAAUGCAGAUGUGGGCAGAGAUGUUGAAAUGGAGGAAAGAGUUUGGAGCUGACACAAUCCUUGAGGAUUUUGAUUUUCAUGAACUGGAUGAAGUCCUCUGCUACUACCCUCAGGGCUACCACGGUGUAGACCGGGAGGGCCGCCCAGUGUACAUCGAGAGGCUUGGGAAGGUCGACCCGAACAAGCUCAUGCAGAUCACCUCGGUGGACCGCUACAUCAAGUACCAUGUUCAGGAGUUUGAGAGGGCCUUCAGGGAGAGGUUUCCUGCCUGCACAUUGGCAGCCAAGAGGCACAUUGAUUCCACCACCACCAUCUUGGAUGUUCAAGGGGUGGGGUUCAAGAAUUUCUCCAAGACUGCAAGGGAGCUUGUGCACCGAAUGCAGAAGAUAGACAGUGACUAUUACCCUGAGACACUACAUCAAAUGUUUGUUGUGAAUGCGGGCAGUGGGUUUAAGUUGAUCUGGAAUAGCGUGAAGGGCUUUCUGGACCCAAAAACUUCAUCCAAGAUUCACGUUCUUGGUUCAAACUAUCAGAGUAGACUUCUUGAAGUAAUUGAUUCCAGCGAGUUACCAGAGUUCCUUGGUGGUUCUUGCACAUGUAGUGACAAGGGUGGUUGUCUUGGGUCGAACAAAGGUCCAUGGAAUGAUCCUUUCAUUUUGAAGCUGAUACACAAUUUGGAGGCUGGUUGUAUCAGAGAAACCAAGCCAGUUUCGGAUGGUGAAGAAAGAAGCAGCUCCUCUCUUCAUUUGGAGCAGUUGAAGUGGCAGGGCUUGAUUAGUGACAUAUCAAAUGCUGAGUCAGGGUCUGACGUUGAUGAUUUUGGUUCUUUCUUCCAGAAAAGCGCUGACUAUGGUUGCCUCACUCCAGUCCAUGAGGAAGUAAAGGGCACAGACACUUCAACCUACUAUAGCUGUGAUGACCAGAAUCUUCGGGAUAUAACUCCUGAAUCCUGUAGAAGAGUGCAAACUGCUGGAAUGGUGCAAAAACAACUAGCUGAUAACAGGCAGCCUUCCACAAAUCAGAACCCACAUGACUCAGGAAAUAAUGUUUUUAACUUUGGUGGUGCAAUUGCCCUAACGGGUUUGGAAAAUUUUAUUAAAGCUGUCGUCACAACAUUCAUCAAGCUACUCUCCUUCUUCUGCAUCUUCAUCUCCAGACCAGUGAGGAGGCUUGAGAAUGUCCAUUCUUCAGCUAUUCCUGUCCGAGCUGAAGAAUGUCCACAGCCUCGUUCCAUACGUGAUGAUGACAUGACCGCAUGCUUGCAACGUCUUGACAAUCUCGAGUCUUUGUGUAGCCAUUUAGCCAGCAGGCCACCAGAGAUUCCCAAGGAGAAAGAGCACAUGUUAUUGAACUCUUUCGAGCGGAUCAAAUGCAUUGAGGCUGACCUGGAGAGGACCAAAAGAGCGCUGCACGCAACGGUGGUGAAGCAGAAAUCGUUGGUGGAGACUCUGGAAGCUGUACAGGAGUCAUCGAGGGUUAGGAAGAGAUUGUUUUGUUCAUAGGAUACGAACACAUGUCGACAUUAACCGUGAAGCUGCCAGUGCCAUUUUUGACCCUUCCUCGACUUCAGCUGAGUCUGGGGAAAACUGAAAGAGAAGAGAAGAUAGCAUUUGCUGCUAGGCUGCUAGCUGCUUCCUUUCAGCAUCUCACCGUCUUUUUUGUAGCGUGUCUGUAAUCUAAAAAGAAAGCCGGCCCUUUCUUGUGCCUGGUGAAUGUUAUGCCGUGCCAAGUGCUAUGUUUUUUUUUUGUUUUGGCCAGCAAGUGAUCCUCCCUCUCACGGUCUUGUGCAUUCAGGGGCAAGAAAAGAUGGCCGAACUGCAUGUCGAUGAACCUGUGAUAGUUUUUUACUGCUGACCCACCAAUUCGGCUGACAGACAGUGCACAGUGGUGUAGCUUACUGCUGGAACUGAAAUGUCCAUGUAAAUGCUGCUACAUUGCUAGUACCUUCUAUGAAUGAUCCGGUGACAGAUUAUGAUCACAAA